UCAGAAUGAUGGUGUCUCCUCCGCAAGAGGAUACAGUGUUCAAUACCGAUUCAGAUCCAGUUUAUGAACAUCAUGCCGCUCUCGUUUCCUCCCCAUUUCACGCUGAUGAAGAUCAUACAUUCGAUAUUUCAUUUGCUGCAGAAGCAACGGACGACAUGACAUUCAAUGAUACGACUACAGAUGGAAAUGGACAAGAAUCUGUUCCAUUGGAGGCAUUGACAGUAGUUGAAAUAGAAAAAACAUCUAAAGGUUUCGGAUUCAAUAUAGUUGGUGGAACAGACAAUCCUCACUUUGUUGGAGAUAUCGGAAUAUACGUCUCAUCAGUUAAUAGCGAGUCAAAAUCAUAUGGAGUCGUAAGAACAGGCGAUAAAAUUUUGUCGUUUGACGGUAUCGAUAUGACCUACAAGACACACGAUGAAGCUGUGGAAGUAUUUCGAAGUGUUAAAAUCGGUCAUGUGGCUAAAAUGUUGAUUGAUCGAGAAUACUUACAUCUUCAAGAAGAUCGAACACAAACUCCAACUGCUUCUGUUUCAAUUACUCCUCAAGUCACUCCACAGACUCGUAGUACUCAGAAUAAUACAGACACACCAAAGUCGAUGUCGCAUUCGGAAUCAAAAAGCCGUUUGACGUCUCAUGGACUUUCGGCUGUUAUAGAAAGAAUUCGUGGAAAAGUUUACGAAGAAGAAGAUGCUCAAAGUGUUACUUCCUAUGCUCCUUCCACUCAUUCCAUCAUUGACGAUGUACCGAGAACACCACGUAAACCACUUAGUCUUUUGGAUCCGAGAAACAAUUCUUGGCUAACCGAAGCUUUGUAUGUUUCAAUCGGUCUUGGAGCAUUGACUAUCUCUGGAUACCUUGCCUACAGAUUCAUCAGAGGACGCCGUUGAUCUUUUUCUCCCCAUUUUCUGAAUUAAAUACUUGUAAUAUUAAUUGUAUUACCUCUCUCUCUCUCUGCUUUCUUCUCUUUUUUCUCGGUUUGUUCAAUAUUCAAUUCAAUUUUCUCUGUUAUUCAUCUGUUUCACUUCGUGACAAUUUUUGGUGCUAAGUAUAAUGCGUAUUAUUGCGAUGUAGAAUAGGAAAAAAGUAAAAUUCAUAGAUAACAAUCCCACAGGUAUAAAAUAGAACUCCCAGCUUCUCGGUCAAAAAAGUUAAUAUUCAAAUGUUCUUUACAUUUUAUCGACGUUUUAGUGCGAGUGGUGGGAAUAUUUUAGCCUUUUUUCUCUCUGAAUCUUUCUCAUUCUUCUCGCUCCAUUAUUUCGCACUAAGUGCUGCUCAAGUACCAUUUCUAUUCCGAUUCUCUUUUUUUGUGAGCCAUAAUAAUGAAUAUUGAACGUUUGUAA